GUGAAAAAUGGAGGGAGGCAAAUAGUCAUUCUCGCAUAUCAUCAAGUGGGAGAUGCUUGAAACAUAUAUAAGUAAAGGAGGUUCGUCCUAAGAUCAUCAGGUGUAGAGUGUCUAAGAAGAGUCGAAGACAUUUGUCAGAUAAAAUUUAAAGAUGUAUAGUCAACUAUUUGUCAUCGCAUUAUUAUCGACUGUCUUGGUACUGGCAGAGGAUGCUAUCCAAGAACAAAAUACGUUGUUGAAGCUUGAGGCUAAUUUGAAUACGCCUUUGGAUGAGGAUGCUUCUGUAUCCAGAGAAAAAAGAACUUUGCUCUUGAAGAAAAAGUUAGUUGGCGUCGGAGCCCUUGGACUUGGGGUUGGAAUUGGCAUAGGGGCACUUAAAGGAUAUGGUGGGUAUGGUGGAUACGGCGGUGGUUACGGCGGUGGUUAUGGAGGUUAUGGAGGUUAUGGUAGUCAUGGUGGUUAUGGAGGUUAUGGCGGCCACGGUGGUUAUGGAGGUUAUGGAAGACCCAGCUACAUUGAGCGUCCUGUUUACGUUGACAAACCGUAUUACGUAGAAAAGCCAUAUUAUGUCGAGAGGCCUGUUUACUAUCAACAACCUAGCUACGGUUAUGGACAGCCCAGCUAUGGUGGUUAUAAUAAUGGUUACGGAAAUAGUCAAGCCAGUAGUCAAGCGAGUAGCUGGAGUGCUGGUGGUAAUUUUGGACCAAUUUCUGCAGGUGUUUCUUCGAGUCAAGCUAGCGCUAGUGCCAGUUCCGGAUGGAACGGAGGAUACGGAGGAUACAAUUACUGACCACGUAUUGAUAAAUGAGAAUUAAGCUGACUCUAAGCAUAGAGUAAAAAUAGGCGACGUCAUGAUGAUCAUGACAUUCAUUAUGUAACUUGACGUACCUCUGAUACCGUAUGGUUUAAUUUUAAGUAUUUUUUUGUACAAAAUAAAAUUUUACAUCAUCAUA